GAGGAGGAGGUGUUCAGCAGGUUGGAACACGAGGAGCCAUUCAAGUACAAGCUGGGAGAGAUUCCCGCCGCGUUCUACGAUGACCCGGAGGUCGAUGACAAAAUCUGCUACUGCAUCGUCGAUGGCGACGAGAACGACCGGUUCUCGGUGUCGGGGAACAAGGACGACGACAAGUUUCAGCUGUGGCAGGACAAGGAGCUGGAUCGCGAGGAGAAGGCCAGCUACGAACUCGUGGUGCAGGCGACGAACUGCGACAAGGAGCCCGACUACGACGAGUCGCUCAUCAACGCCACCGCCUACCUGCCCGUGCGCGUCGUCGUCGGCGACAUCAACGACAGCCCCGUCGCGUUCAUGCAGACGCUCUACACGGCAGGCAUCACCACCGACAACCAGCUCGGCGACGUCGUCCUCGACACGAUCAAGGCGACGACGCUUGACAUCUACCCUAACGACGUGAUGACGUACGCGAUCGUCAAGGACUCGUGGAACUACGACGAGCUCGAUCAUAACUACGAUGAGCCCAGCGAUCCAUUCAAGAUAGACGCCGCGACGGCCGUCAUCACCCUCGCCCACAACCCGGGCGACGACUCGUCCGGAUACAUCAAGUUCAAGGUCAUCGUCACCGACCCGCCAGUCGACGAGGGACCCCACAGCAGCACCGCCGACGUCACGAUCCAAAUCCUGUCGCAGAACGAUCAGAUGGAGUUUGUGCUAGCGAUGUCCAAGUCGGAGUUCUACGAUAAGAGGGACGAAUUCGUCAAGACGCUGGAGGACAUCACGGGAUUGACGGCGUAUGUCGACGAGGUCGCGACCUACUACGACGAGAGCGGAGCCGCCAGCGAGAGCCUCAUAUCCGUCUUCGUCCACUUCGUCGACGAGGACGGCGACAUCGUCGGCGUCGGCGCCGUCGAGGAUUUGUUCGAUCGAGCCGACACGGACGACGUCGUUGUUUUGUACGAGGAAUUCAGCGUCUACAGCAUACAGGGUCGGGGUCGUCGGGAGGCGAAGCCCGUCGCGGCGGUCGGGCGCGCGUACAUCCUCGCGCUCAUCAUCGUCAGCAUCAUCCUACCUAUCGUCAUCGUCGUGCUCGUCUGCGUCUGGUGCAACGAGGUCAAGAAGUACAAGAGGAAACUGAGGGCGGCAAAGGCAGUGGCAUUCGGUGAAGAGGCGAUUAUUACGCUAAGUUCCAGAGAGUCGGAAAUGAACAAGAUCACUGUGCCUAACACCAACCAGUACGCUUACGAAGGGUCAAACCCGAUGUGGAUGCAGACGGUCGACGCGAACGUGUUCGACAAUGCCGCCAUGAAGGAUGACGACGAGGAGAGCGACACGACGAGGCAAGUGUGA